UUACAAAAACCGUCUCACGCGCUCACCUGCACAUUCUCUCCCUGGCGUAAGUAUUCACUCAACGCCAGUAGUACUUCCUUCAAAACACUGAAGAAAGCACUCACUGUCACCACUUCUCUUGUUUCAGAUCAGAGACCGAUUAUAAUGGGUCGAUACACUGAAGAUUUCGAGGAGAAAGAGCUGUUGGGGAAAGGUGGAUUCGCAGUUGUUUAUCAGUGCAAGCAUAGACUUGACGAGUCUUUGUACGCUGUGAAGAAGAUACCUUUUAAUGAUCAACAGCUUCAGGAAAAAUUAAGGGAGGUGAAAAUACUAGCAGUUGUACAACAUUCUAGGGUUUUACGUUAUCAUCAGGUAUAUCUAUUUUUCUCUCUAUGUACAUAUACCUUAUGACCCAAACCAGUAUUUGAGACUGACAUCCUAUGUGGAAAUAAUACAGUGGCAUAGACGGGUGGGAAACCCAUUAUUUUUUG